AGAUAAAUUUCAACCCACGGGUCAGUAAAUGCAAAUUGCAAAUUCUCAAGCGGCGGUCGAAGAAGCACCAAAGAAACCGGCCUAGAGGGGUAAUCUGGUCAUUUACACGAGCUCAGGUGCUCUGAGCACCGAUGAACUCCACCGCCAUUCUCUAGUUUCGAAGCUCGAGGAGAAGAUAAGAGCCCGCCAAAGAAAUCCUAGAAGCGAAACCCUAAAUUUCUCGAUCGUUUCCAUUUCAUUCGUACAGAUGAAUAAGAUAAAGAGCUUGCAAAGAGGUGUCUGCAAUUCCCUGCGGUCAAGCGUGAUUUUAUUUGAUUUGCCAAGAGUUGUGGAGGAGUUAACAUGUAAUAGUUUGGAUUCUGGUGCUACCAAGGUGUAUAUCUCAAUAAACGUGAGAGCAUGUUAUGUUAAAGUUGAGGAUGAUGGGAGUGGCAUAACACGAGAUGAUUUGCUUAUUCUGGGGGAAAGAUAUGCGACAUCCAAGAUUCACUUUCUUAUGGAUAUGGAGAUGAAUAAUGAGGGCUUUGGUUUUAGAGGAGAGGCCAUAGCUUCCCUUUCUGAUGUUUCUUUGGUGGAAAUUAGAACAAAAGCUCGUGGGAUGCCAAAUGCAUAUUGCAAGAUUAUAAAGGGAUCCAAAUGCUUGUCUUUUGGAAUAGAUGACCUGCGAGAAGCUGUUGGUACCACUGUAGUAGUUCGGGAUUUAUUCUCUGGAAGCCCAAAAAGAGUUCUACACUCAAUAAAGAAGUCUGUUCUUCGGAUUGCUCUUGUUCAUCCACGGGUGCUACUCAAGGUCACUGAUAUUGAGAGUGAAGAUGAGCUGCUGUGCACAGUUCCUUCUUCAUCUCCUCUGCCUCUAGUAUCUGACGCUUUUGGAGAGGAAGUCUCUACUUCUUUAGAGGAAGUACUUUUCUCAGAUCAAGUACUGACUCUUUCUGGCUACCUGUCUAGGCUGACUCAUGCGUUUUCCACAAAGGCUUUUCAGUACAUAUAUAUUAACUCAAGAUUCGUCUGCAAGGGCCCAAUUCAUAACUUACUUAACAAACUGGCUGCAAGUUUUCAAUGUUCCUUGCCCCACUGUGAGAUUGAGCCCGAGGUUCAAACAGGGAAGAGGCGUAAGACUCAGGCCGCAUAUCCUGCUUUUCUUCUAAAUUUCUUUUGUCCUAUGUCUAGUUAUGAUCUACAUUUUGAGCCUUCAAAGACGUCGGUAGAAUUUAAGGAUUGGAGUACUGUCUUCGCUUUCUUUGAGCAAGCUAUGAAGCAGUUCUGGAAGCAAGCAUCUGAAAAACCACUGCAAGACAUGUUACUUACAGGCUUGUCCAAGAGUUCAAAGAUGAAAGAUGCAGAAUGUGAUAUCAAGCUACAUCAGAACAUACCAUCUAAUAGUUCAGUUACCUGUCCAUUAGAUAUUUCUUUAGAAAAUAUUGGUACUUGUCAUAAGAAAGAGUUGCCAGCAGAAGAGAUGCGCAGGUCCUCGUGGCUUAAGCCAUGCCAGAGAAAUGCUGGUUAUCUGGUUCAUGCCGGUUGUUCUUCCCAACUCAGAUUUAACGAUUCACUGGCUAAUUUUGGCUAUCCACAUGCUCAAUUGGGUUAUGCAAAUAGCGACAAGCAGUGCUUUGCUGGUGUUAGUUCUUGUCUGUUGAAGGAUAAUAUCAUCUCUGAUCAGGCUUCUAGUUUUGGAGACAGAUAUGGCAUGUCUGACAGAGAAAGGAGGAACAAUAUUCCUGAUGUUUCUGAAGAUUCCGGAAGCGUGCAAAAGAGAACUGUUGAUAUUUCAUUGAAUUUUCAUCCUUUUGACAUUAUAGAUAAUGUUGAGAACAUUCGAUUUCCAGAGUCCUGCUUUGCUGAAAAUGAAAGGUCUCAUUCACCGGGAUAUAAGAUGACGCAUUCAAAAUCUUACACAAAUCAACGCAGCUUGGAUGUUGGGUUCGAUAGUUUAGUUAAGUUUUCUCCAUUUUAUGACAUAGCUGACAAUGCAGAAGCAGACAAUGGUUUUUCAGUAUGGCAUACCCAAGUCCUGGAAAAGGAUAGCACCUGCAGACCCUCAACCAGUGUCAUUGGGAAAUGCCAGGAGAACUAUGACUUAGAAAUACCGUCAAAUGGUAGGAUGGACUCAUUUUCAUGUGGUGAAGCACCUUUUUACAAAAAGGAUAAGUUGGAUGAUGCUUUGGUUUCAGAUUUUUUGGUGGAUGACCCCAAAAGUGGAUUUCUGCAGUUAGACUGGUGUCUUGAUGAACCACAGUUGUCUGCGAAAAAGCUUAAGUCAGAUGCGCAGAUAUGUGACUCGAGAGGAUGUUUGCCAUCUUUCACACGUACUAGUUCUGGGUAUUCUGGCAGCAUAGAGAAUGUUGAAAUCCUAAACUUUCUUCAGGAUAGUUCUGAUGAUGUUUUUCCUGCGAAAUAUACUAAAACUGAGUUGGAUUUCCGGUUUGACUUCAGUCCCAUAAGUAAUAUGCAGUAUCCAUCACUGUCCAAUCAAAAUGCCUUUGGGAAAGUUAGCCCAUUUUCAUUGUUCAACAAUGAAACUGGCUGGUCACCUUCUGAAUCUUCUAAUAUGACCAAUGCUGAAAUUUACAGCAAGCAUCAAUCUUCUAUGCAAAUUCAAGACGAGGGAUAUCAGAGCUUUCGGGAUGAAUUGGAUCUUCAAAAUUCUCGAUUAUCCGAAGUCUACAAAGUAAGGUCAAAAAGAAGUUGUUCAGCUCCACCAUUUUACGAGGGAAAGCGUAGAUUCUCCACCAUAAAUGAUCAUUUGACAACGACCGCAGAAAAAGGUUCUACUUCUCAUGUUCCUGAUGUUUCUAAUGUCAAACGAGAAACUAUUUCUCCAGUAAAUUAUCUGUCACAACCUCCGUCUUCAUCACAGCCAUGUUUCAAGCCAAAUGUUAAUGAGAUUUUUCAGACAUUGUCAAGAAAACACACUGGUGAAAAGGUGAGCAGUCUUCAAAUGGAUGAGACUAAGAAUGAUGGAAAAGUUAGUGAAGUCGAAGGUUCUAUUGCUAAACUGGAAUAUGCGUUGGCUAUUCCGACAAAAUGGCGGACUGGUAUUCCACAGUCUACAGACAGAGAUGUAUCUCAUACAAGCAAGGACAACGUGCUUAGCAUUUCUUCAGGGAUUUUGCAUCUCUCUGCUAGCUCAUUAAUACCUGAUUCCAUCAAUAAGGAGUGCCUUCAGAAUGCAAGGGUGCUCCAACAGCUGGAUAAAAAAUUUAUCCCCGUAAUGGCAGGACAAAUACUUGUCAUUGUUGAUCAGCAUGCUGCGGAUGAACGAAUUCGUUUGGAGGAUCUACGUCGAAAGGUACUGUCUGGUGAAGGAAAUAGUGUUAUCUAUCUAGAUUCAGAGCAAGAGUUGGUUCUUCCAGAGAUGGGAUAUCAGCUGUUGCAGAAGUAUACAGACCAGAUUAGGAAUUGGGGCUGGAUCUGCAACAUCCAUAAUCAAUGUUUAGAUUCAUUCACAAAGAAUGUAAACAUUCUCAAAAGGCGUAAAUGUAACAUCACUCUCGUUGCUGUUCCAUGCAUUUUGGGUAUCAAUUUGAAUGAAAAAGAUCUUAUAGAAUUUAUUGAGCAGCUUGUUGAGACAGAUGGAUCAUCAACCAUACCUCCUGCUGUGGUCCGUAUUCUUAAUUUCAAAGCCUGCAGAGGUGCUAUCAUGUUUGGUGAUUCUCUGUUGCCUUCAGAGUGCUCUCUCAUUCUUGAAGAGCUUAAGGCGACAUCGUUAUGUUUCCAGUGUGCUCAUGGACGUCCUACUACGGUCCCUCUUCUCAACGUGGCAGCCCUCCACGAACAGCUGAGAGUUCUUGAAGUGGAGAAAGGGGGACCAGGGGAGACCUGGCACGGGCUAAGUCAGCAUAAGCCAAGCAUCAAGCGUGCACAGAUGCGUUUGGAAUCUGCUAAGAGGUUUCAAGGUGGAUGAAGCUGAAUGCUUUAUAGUGCUAUAGCCAGUAUAUUUCUUGUAUACCUUCCCUUUGUGAAAAUACAUUCUUAUGUAACAUUCUAAUAAAACAUAACGGGAAUAACUGUACAUAAUCAUUCAUGGUGUAUAGAUUCAAGUGCAUGGUUUUCUCUCCCACUGUAGAGCAUUAUGUUGUAGAGAUUCGAGGGGAUGAAUUUUGUAACCAUGUGCAAUUUGUGCGGCAUUUGUAUUCAGUACAUAGUCUGUGCAGAGGUGUAAAAGGGAAGUUUAAAGAUGUGAAUGACACUCUCAGUUUCUUGUUCAA